AUGGUGAAAUCAACACAGAUCGCAAGGCUGGAUGGCCUGAUGCUGGCUGCUUCCGUCGAUGAUGAGCAGGUGAGGCGAACAACAAGAUGCGGAGAUGAUAAGAGGGCCGAGUCUGAGCCGUCAGAGAUCAAGUCGCAAUGCAAGAUGAUUUUCCGCCGAUUGAACCGCAAUGCUGCACCUCAAGCCAGUAUUGAGUCCGGUCAAUACACUCUCCACUACCUGAUUCAAGACGACAUUUGCUUCCUUUGCAUCUGCGACCGGUCCUACCCCCGAAAACUGGCAUUCACUUAUCUCGCCGAUCUGGCCUCCGAAUUCACAACUACCUACGCCCAAUCCCAAUAUCUAUCCCCGACCCUUCGCCCAUACGCCUUUGUCGAAUUCGAUACCUUUAUUCAACGUACCAAGAAGCUGUACCAGGAUAGUCGCGCCUCGCAGAACUUGGAUAAGUUGAAUGAUGAACUGCGCGACGUCACUAAGGUGAUGACCAAGAACAUCGAGGAUCUUCUGUAUCGUGGAGACAGUCUGGAGCGCAUGGGCGAACUGUCCGGUCGUCUGCGAGAAGAUAGUAAGAAAUACCGCAAGGCUGCUGUGCGCAUUAACUGGGAAUUGCUGAUCAAGCAGUACGGACCUUUCGCCGGUGUUGGUUUCGUGAUCCUCCUCCUACUCUGGUGGCGCUUCUUUUAA